AUGGAAUCCGGAAAGAAAACAUUUCCAGGAAUUUUUACGAAAAAAACAUUUUAUAUUUACACUAAAGCAAAACAAAAAUAUGAACAUGGUAUGUUUAAUAUUUUUAAAUUAUUUAUUCAGUAUUUUGACUCUAACUAUUGGAACGCAUAUUAUGACGGAGAUGAUGAACAUAUUGAAUGGUAUGACUCAUGGGUUGAUAUAUCAAAGAACAUUCCUUUGGAAAUAAAGGUUGAUUCUAGGGUUCUACACAUCGGUUGUGGUUCAUCAAGUCUAGGAAUCGAUUUAUUUAAUUCUGGAGUUGAAUCUGUCAUAAAUGCUGAUUUUUCUGAAGUUUGUAUUAACUUGAUGAAAAAGAAAUACCCUCAUCUCACCUGUAAACUACUGAAAUCAUACUCUUGUUUAGAUAUUCUUCUCGACGCUCUUGAUAUUGAUACGAAAUUUUCUGAAAACUUUUUCGACUUUAUUAUUGACAAGGGGUGUUUGGAUUCCAUUCUGUGCCAUGAAAAUUACCAGGAAAAGGUCCAAAAACUUUUAGAAAACUUUUACACCUGCUUAAAAGUGGAAGGUUAUUUAAUAGUAAUUUCUGGAGGGAACCCAGAGGAAAGAUUAAUCUACUUCAACAAUGAUGUGUGGAAGGUUGAGGUUGUAAAAAUGAGGAAGCAGGGAGUGGAUUUACUAGCGAAUUUUGAAGAUGAGGAGGUUGUUGAGGAAAUUCCAGAAAUAAACUAUUUUUACACGUAUAUAUGCCUGAAAAGAUCUUUGGACUCGAUUUAA